AUGGUAGAGCUAAGAAAUGUUUCACUAACAACUAAGAUAUUGGGUUGGCGCUGUCUCACCUUCAUCGACUUGAAAAAGGCCUUCGACUCAGAUGAGGCGGAAGUGGUCAUGGAAGCCUUGGACAACCUAGGCGUCCCUACUCAGUACAUAAAGAUACUUCGAGAGUUGUACAGCAACUUCACGACCGGGAUUUCGCCAUUCUUCGAGAGUAUCAUCAUUGAUGUGAAGAGGGGGGUCCGACAGGAUAAUACAAUCUCACCCAAAAUAUUCACAACCACCCUCGAGAACGCAAAGCGAAAGUUGGAAUGGGACGACAUGGAAGUGAAGAUUGGUGGUCGGCAGCUACAAUAUUUGCGCUUUGAGGAUGUAGUGAAGAAGUCCAGAACACCCGGCUCCGUACUCACCUCGUCAACAUAA